UGCACAUGAAACUGCGCAGCCGCAGCAGCCAUAGACGGAUGUUUGUGCACAGAGACCAGCGUUGGGUUUCCUUUGACAACCAAAAUGCUGCUUCAUGGUUAAACGUUUGUCCUGCUCCUGUUGGUCAGAGACGAGCAGCAGCUGAUGUUUGUUUUGGUUUAGGGUGAGAAGCUGCUGUGGACAGAAACGUGCUGCAGAUGGUCUGCAGACGUGCAGCAGACGUACCGCAGACGUGCUGCAGACAUGCUGCAUAAGGUCUGCAGACAUACAGCAGAUGUGCUGCAGACGUUCUGCAGACAGGCGGUGGCUGGUCUGCAAGGUCUUUCUUUAAAAAGGAAGAAACUGUGUGAUGUUUGAACCUGCAGGUUCUUGGAUUUUAACUUGAAAUGUGACUCUUUCUCAUCUCCAUCCGUAGCGUUUGGCUGGUUUUAUCGCUAUGAGGGGAAACUUCCAUCACUCCGUAAGGUAUUUUCAGCAGUUUGCAGUGUGUGAGAGGGACCAGAAACCUCUAGACGAUUAGGAAGACGUCAGUCCCAGUAUCUCCCAGUUGGUGCAUGCCAUGCUGUGUGAUUUGCGUUGUUCAUUUAUCGGCGUUUUACUUGCAUUGGUUGACGGUGCACCUCAGAAAGGAGAGAAGAAGAAGAAAAAGAAGAAGAAGGUGUCCAACACCGACACGCUGCAGGAGCAGAAGAAGAACAAGAAGGAGAUGGAGUUUGAGCUGAAACUCGCCAAAGAGAAAGAGGAGAUGUACGAACGAGAAAAACAGCUGAAGAUCAAUCGGCUGGUCCAGGAGGUUUCAGAGACGGAGAGGGAGGACAUGGAGGAGUCGGAGAAAGUGCAGCACUGGGUGGAGCGUCUGUGUCAGACCCGGCUGGAGCAGAUCUCCUGUGUGGAGAACGAGUCAUCGGAGCUCUCCUCGCCGCGCUCUCCCGCCUCCGAGCCGAAGGUGAAGCGCUUCGCUGGGGGCCUCCACCUGGCCACCACCGACCUGGAUGACAUCAACCUGGACCAGGUGGACCAGAGCCUGAGGGGCCCCUUAAAAAAAUUGGCCCCCACUCAUCCUGGCACCAGCCAGCUGCCCCCUCCGCUGCCCCGCCCCCCGCCGUCACCGAAGCUGAACCCGACCGCCCCCACCCACCCUCCCAGCGCGUCCCGACUGGCUCCGCAGCGCCACAGACCCCCGUCUCCCCCCGCCGCCGUGAAGCCCGCCUCCGGCCCUUCAGCUGCCACUCACAGGGGGCGCAUGCCCCGCCCCCAGCCGUCACGGCCCCCAUCCUCCCACUACCCUCCCCCCUCCCAGACAGCAUGGCCUCCGUCGUCUCCUCAGCCCUCACGCCCUCCUCCACCUCCACCCCCGCCGCCCCCUCCGCCCCCACCACCCCCUCCCCCACAGCAUGCAGAGGUCCCCCACGGUGGUUACCGCCAUCAACACCAUCACCUCCAGCAUCCUCCCAGUCCUCCAGAGCACAGGAGCGAGUGGGAGACAGGCGGUUAUCUCCCCAGGGGGGGGCUUUACUCCUCCAACACCAGUGAAAUGUCCUACCCCCCCAGCCCUAAGGUCAGACUUCUGCAUGGCUUUGGUUCUGUGGUCUCGUUUCUCCUCGUAGCGGCUUUCUGCUGUGAAUUUGAUGCACAAAUCCAAGCAGUGACUUUUGACGUGACUUUGCUGGGGAGGCAGCCCCCCCACCCCCCAGCCUGAGUGUGCUUUGUUCUGGUGGGUGGGUGGGGUUUAAAGAAGCGCAUGUCGUGUGGCGUUGGAGUGUUUUCAGCAGCAGUGAUGCUGUGGCAUUUGCUGUGCCGUGGGGGGGGGGGCUUAAACUCUGCUCUGCUGGGGUGCAGGUGAUGAGAAACACCUCCCACGCCAGCCGCGUUUCCACUUCAAGCAGCAUGCUGGUGAGUCUCGUCUGGUGAAGACGGCGUCCGUCUUUUGGCGUCAAACGUUUAAGCUUUGCUUAUUUUAAUUUUUUUCUCUGGGGGGGGGUAAACCUGAUAGCAGCUGGCCCCCAGCCCUCCCAACCAGAGGCGACAGGUGACUCCUGUAAUGUCAAAGCCCGUCAUGCUGCCGCAGUCGCAGACUCACCGACCAGAGCCGCACAGAUCCGCCCACCGCCCUGACGGCCUGGUAAGAGACACACAGUUAAGCCCCGCCCCUCGUAGUCGCCCUGCUUAACGAGGCAGAAGAAACGGUUUUCCAUCAUCUGCCGUGGAUGUUCCAGGUCAGGGAACCAACCGGAGGUCUCCCCUCUUUUUUUGAGCUGCUCUGACUUAAUGCAGUCACACCUGAGAGACACCUGAGGCUUUUAGCGAGGAGAAAGCUGCUCCUGCUGCUCCUGCUGCUCCUGUUGCUCCUGCUGCUCCUGCUGCUCCUGCUGCUCCUGCUGCUCCUGCUGCUCCUGCUGCUCCUGCAGGAGGAAAUUCACCUCCACUCUGAAGGGUAUUUGUGUCAUGGGAGUCUGCAGCUGCAGAGACGAUGUUCCUAACGUGGUGUUCAGGCUGGACUGGAAAAGGCUGAAACUGAACCGUAGUAGAAACGAUGGCGUCUUCCUGCUGGUCCAGACCUGAAGCUCAACAUCAAACAGAAGCUGUUUUUUAAGGAUCUGUCUUUCUCUCCGGUUUUUGUGUUUCAGCCUCCAGAAAUGCUGAAACGGAUGGUCCCGUUUAACUCCUCCUUUAAGUCAAACAGCAAACAAGUAAAUCCACGCAGCUCCUGCAGUCCUCCUGCUCCUCCUGUCUUGACCCGUCUCCACGCUCGCAGACGCCGCUCCGGUUGUCUCUGCGGGCGGCGGCAUGGCAUGCAUGAGUUUGCUUUGAUUUGGAGCAGAUGCCAGCGGCCGUGGCCCCCCACAGAAGGCAGGAAGCUCCUCUUCCUGAACGGUCUCUAACAUGGACAGAACAGCAUGAAAUGAUUGGCGAUAGUUUCAAUUCCGUGUUUUCUAAAUUACAAAUGAGUUUGUCAGUGGAAAUCUUUUCCACAGCUGCUUUGAUCCUGACGGUUCCUUCUGUGCCGCCUGAGGUUCUGCAUGGGGGGGGUCAGACCUUCUGUCCGUUGUCCUACUAAGACCUGGUCUACGUGGCCCUGGUUGUUGGGUCAGAUGGAUCUGCUGAUUGGAGCUUCGUCCUCACAUCAGUUUGGGGGGCGAAGCUCCACCUGGACGCUGACACACAGAUGGAUGGAUCCAUGUUUGGAUCCACUUUUGCUGGAAGCUGCUCUUCCUCAGAUCAUUGAAAAGCUUUGCUCUCCUUCCUUCUGCUCUGCUGACCUUCCAGACUGAGACUGAGAGUCACGGCAAACCUCUGAAGUUUGAUGGGUUUUUUUCUCCUCGUGUGUUUCUGCUGCAAGGGACUGCAUGGAUGUGAGGUUCCCUCCAUGGAAACACACGGCUUUACUGAAGGUUCUCUGCGUGUGAGCAUGUUAGUAGAACGUAGUCGAGUCUUUCCUGGUUGUCAGAGGGAGAACCUCGCACUGCUGAAGGUUUGCUUUAACCUUCAUCACAGCACUGGUUUGUCAAAGGAAACCCGCUGCAGCUCUGACUCUUCUUCCCCCUUUUGCUGUAAUACUGAACUUAAACGGAUUUCUUGCUGUUUUUUUCUCUC